UGAUGAUCUAAAUGCAAGACAUAUAGGAAUCAAUGAUUCUGAAUUACAUCUCAAGUGAUGAGGAGGAUGAGUCAGAGGGUCUUCUAAUGAAUCAGAGUCCGGUAGAAAUAAAAUAGAAACAACAAUUAUCUGAUAUGGACUAGUCUAUUUCAUAAAUACCGAGUGAGUUGUCAUUCAACCGCAAUAUGGAUAGAAGAAUCAAUGAAACGAUAAUUCUAUAGAAUCAAGCGGACGAAAUCACUUUGAAAUCAACUAAGAAUGCAAAAGAAGCUUAUCAAAGAGAGAUAAUAAAGGAAUUAGUUUCCAAAUAGAAGAAGAGAUUCAAAGUGGACGGAUUCAAUUUGGACUUGACAUGUAAAGUAAUUUUUGAUUUAGAUAUAACCGAUAAUGUGAUAGCAAUGGGAUUUCCAGCUGAGAGCUUCGAAGCAAUAUAUAGAAAUCCAAUGCCGGAGGUUUAAAAAUUUUUAAAUAGUCGUCAUCCAAACAAUUACAUGGUUAUUAACUUGUAAGCUUACUACUCCUACCUAGAUGUUCAGAGCGUAAGUACAAGCACGAGUCUUUCUAUAAAGUGGCCGAGUUUCCUUUUGAUGAUCAUUAGGCCCCUCCAUUUAAUAUGAUGCUCGAAUUUUGUUAGAAGGUUCACGAAUGGUUAAAAGCGAAUUCUAAUCACGUGGUGGCGAUACAUUGUAAGGCUGGUAAAGGAAGAACCGGUGUUAUGGUGUGUUGUUAUUUGUUGUUUAGUGGCAAAUACACUUCAAGUCAAGAUGCAUUGGCAUAUUAUGGUCUGGUGAGGACAUAGAAUAAAAAGGGCGUGACUAUUCCCAGUCAAAUUAGAUAUGUCCAUUAUUUCAGUUAUGCCUUGAAGAAUGACUUGGUGAAGAUGCCAUUUCGACAGAUCGAAUUGGUGUCUGUCAGACUGGUUGGUGUGUCUCAUGGGACGAUGAUCAGAGUCUAAAAUAACGAUAGGUAAUUAAUAGAGAAGGCUUAGAUUGUUUCAGAAAAGGAAAUACUAUUUGCUUUCAAUGAUAUAUUUUUAUAAGGAGAUGUUCUCAUUUAAAUCUUCCACAAGUCGAUUGUUUCGGAAUCCAAGAUUAUGUAGGCUUGGUUCAACACUAAUUUUGUCUCCCUUUCGCCCAAAGAAUAAGUGUUUAAGGCUGAGGAGUUGGAUAUGUCAAAGAAAUCAAUGAAGCACUCUACUUCAAUUUAAAUGGAAUUACUGUUUGAUUAAGUAAUCUAAACUAGAUAAAGAUCUAAUUGCUUGUCAAAAGGCAAAUGA